AUGGCUUCUGAUAUUGGGCUACCUAUACCUGAGGCGUACGAUGUGUCGCCUAAAACCGGGUUUCUGCCCGAAGUUGUAUCCUGCGAGUCCGAUUUGCACCCAUACUACCAGCCAUGGAUCCGCGUUACUCAGGACUUACAAAAUUUGAUCAUGGACAAUCGAAUACGAAACGUCGUUGACGAGCUUCCGGUCCUGAGCUGUGAGGGUCUCGAGACAAUAUCGCAGCGAAGAAAAGCAUACUCGAUGCUGGGCUUCAUUUGCCAUGCAUACAUUUGGGGAGGUGAAGAGCCGGCAGAGAUUAUCCCGGAAUCAGUAUCGAGCCCGUUCUUGUUGAUCUGCAAGUCACUGGAACUGCCUCCCGUUGCGACCUAUGCUGGAUUAGUACUGUGGAAUUAUACAGUUGCACAGGACAUUGAACCGCUUUAUCGUAUUGAUAACCUUUCAACUCAGAUAACCUUCACGGGUGCGAUCGAUGAGAGCUGGUUCUACCUCGUCUCGGUAGCUAUCGAGGCUAGGGGUGGUCCAUUAGUCAGGGCCACCUUGGAUGCAGUUCGUUAUGCGCGAGGGAACGAAGUCAAUGCGGUUGCUGCUCAGCUUAUAUGUCUUCUCGAGGGCAUCCAGGAUAUAUGCGCGUUGACACAGCGCAUGUAUGACAACUGCGACCCACACUUCUUCUACAACAAGAUCCGUGUGUUUCUCGCCGGCAGCAGGGGAAGUCCAAAACUCCCCAAUGGCGUAUACUUUGAUAAUGGAACACGUCCAAUGCAACCAGUUCGAUUUGCUGGAGGAUCGAAUGGCCAGUCGAGUCUGAUCCAACUCAUUGACCUCGCUUUGGGUGUCAGACAUCACCCAACCAAGAUCCAUGCAGGGAAACGGUUCACUGAUUCGGUCCACGAGGAAGAGUCUGAGUUUGUGGCAAGCAUGCGGGACUACAUGCCUGGUCCCCACCGCCGAUUCCUAAUCCACUUCGCCAAGGUUGCCAAUAUUCGAGCCUUUGUCGAGAUGAACCGAGAUCACGAACAGCUUAUCAACUCAUAUAAUGCUUGUAUCGCUGCUUUGGUGAGAUUCCGAGACAUACACCUGCAGAUCACAAAUCGCUACAUCCUUCUCCACAGUAAUAGUAAUGCGAGGAGGCGGCAGGGAGCUUGCGAGCCAUGCCAAGUACAUAGUCUUACUACCGCAGAAUUGAGUCACGAGGACGGUGAAGUUGCUGCGCGGGKAACAGGGGGUACAGCGCUCCUUCCGUUGCUCAAACAGAUCCGAGACGAGACCUGCUACGCGUACGCUUGA